AUGGCGACGAAUGAGAAGCACGAGCCUUCUCUCAAUCAUGCGACAGGAAAACUAGAAUUCUCCCUGGAUGUCCCCUUCCCAUCAAGCCGUGAAGCUGUCAUCGCUCUACGGUCUCUGUCCCCAGACAAGGAGCCCCGAAAAGGAGGCAUCACCAAAGAGAUCACUGUCGAUGGCCAAAUACUAUCUGUGAGGUGGAGUGCAGACGAAGCUCGUAUCCUCCGUGUUUCUGUGAACUCCUUCAUGGAUCAUCUGUCACUGGUUUUAGAGACUAUGGAAAUGUUCAGUCUUCCAGUUUCAUAG